UCCCGUUGGAGUGGUAAGAAUGUCGGUGAAUUACGCGGCGGGGUUGUCGCCGUAUGCGGACAAGGGCAAGUGCGGCCUCCCUGAGAUCUUCGACCCCCCCGAGGAAUUGGAGCGGAAGGUGUGGGAGCUGGCAAAGCUGCUUUGGCAGUCCUCCAAUGUGGUGUUCCACACGGGCGCUGGCAUCAGCACUGCCUCGGGCAUCCCUGACUUCAGGGGCCCCCAUGGCGUCUGGACGAUGGAGGAGCAGGGCCUCGCUCCCAAGUUCGACACCACCUUCGAGAGUGCGCGGCCCACGCAGACCCACAUGGCACUAGUGCAGCUGGAGCGCGUGGGCCUCCUCCAGUUCCUUGUCAGCCAGAACGUGGACGGGCUGCAUGUGCGCUCCGGCUUUCCUAGGGACAAGCUGGCAGAGCUUCACGGAAACAUGUUUGUAGAAGAAUGUGUCAAGUGUAAGAUGCAGUACGUCCGGGACACUGUCGUGGGCAGCAUGGGCCUCAAAGCCACUGGCCGGCUCUGCACUAUGGCCAAGGCGAGAGGCCUGCGGGCCUGCAGGGGGGAGCUGAGAGACACCAUCCUGGACUGGGAGGAUGCCCUGCCGGAAAGAGACCUCUCUCUCGCUGAUGAGGCCAGCAGGAAUGCGGACCUGUCCAUCACACUGGGCACUUCCCUCCAGAUCCGGCCCAGCGGGAACCUGCCCCUCGCCACCAAGCGCCAUGGAGGCCGGCUGGUCAUCGUCAACCUUCAGCCCACCAAGCACGACCGCCAGGCCGACCUGCGCAUCCACGGCUACGUAGACGAGGUCAUGACCCGGCUCAUGCAGCACCUGGGCCUGGAGAUUCCUGCCUGGAAUGGCCCGUGCGUGCUGGAGAAGGCGCUGAUGCCCCUGCCCCGCCCGCCCGCCCCCAAGCUGGAGCCCAAGGAGGAGUCCCCCACCCAGCUGAAUGGCCCGGCGCCGGCCAGCCCCAAGCAGGAGCCUGCUGCCGAAUCCCCUGUUCAGCACAAUGGUUCUGGGCCUGUCAGCCCCAAAAGGGAGCGGCUGGACAGUCCUGCCCCCUGCAGGACUCCUAAAAGGGUGAAGACUGAGGUGCUUCCCAGCUGACCACGGGGGCUGGGAGGGCGGGGCUUUUUGAAGAAGCCGUGGAUUUGUUUCUGUCUUAACCUGUUUCAUGUUGCUAACUUGCCUCUGUGCUGAGGGAGGAGACCUCAGGGCGCUGAGAGCUGUACUGCAGGCCCCAGAGCAGACCUGCCCGCUGCUGGGGCUCCCUUUAGCUCUUGGGGCCUCUGGUAGGGGCGUGGGGAGCCCUGCCCUGGACUCAGACCUUCCAGCAGACACCACAGGCACCACCUUCGCCCCAGCCCAGCUCAGGACAUUCUAGGGAGGUGUGGCCACACCCUCCCUCAAUUUGGGGCCUAAACAGGAAUUAACUCACUCUACCCCCUGGGCCCUCACAUCUCCCCCAACCCCUACCUUCACAGGCCCUCCAGGAGGGGAGGGAGGCAGACCUGCCCUUUAAGGAGCUGAACUUCAUGGUGGAACAGACAAUAGAGGUUACACUGCCUUUGGGCUGGAGGGAGAAAGUGGGCCCACCUGGCUCCCUCCAGCCUUCCAGAAAAGUCUUCAGUGCAAUAAAAGCAGAACUUUUUGCAUCAGAGUCUGUGUUUAACAGCCUUGUGCCAGGGACAGGUCCUAGUCCUGGGGGAAGGAGCUCGAAGUGCUCUGAUCCUGAUGUCAGUGUGGGCUUCCAUGCAAUUCAGGCCUGGAGACGAAGGAGGACAAUACCAGCUGCUGGCAUUCCUUCAGCCCUCAGUUUGUAAACAUGUACCUAUUUGCAUGGCUUUUAAAUACUUGCCCUCACUCCUAGGCUGUGAGACUGGAGGAAAGAAGCCAUGUCCUGUCGUGAUUGCAGCCCUCGGGCACCUGUGCCAAGAGGGCUGGGGCGACCUGUGAGAAGUUCAGGUGCAGCUGGGUUCCACCCCUUAGCUGAAGUCUGCGGCGGGCCCCUUCACUUCUGAUGCCUCAGUCUCUUAAUGGGUAAAAUGAACAGGGUGGGCAGCCCCUCCUUCCUAGAAGGCGGCUGCUUGGUUCCUACGCUGCCGCGGCCCUUGAAGAACCUCCGGAGGCUGCUGGAGAC